AUGCCAUUUGGACUCUGUAAUGCAUCAGGCACUUUCCAAUGUUGCAUGAUGGCCAUAUUUUCAGAUUACUUCGAGGAGUUAGUCGAGGUAAUUAAUACUGCCAGGAGGGAUUGGUCACCUAAGCUUGAUGAAGCGCUAUGGGCUUACAAGACUGCCUACAAAACACCAAUUGGUAUGUCUCCGUAUGCUCUGGUCUUCGGGAAAGCUUGUCAUCUACCACUUGAGUUGGAACACAAGGCGAUGUGGGCUUGCAAGAAGCUGAAGUAUGAUUUAGCCAGAACGGGGAAAGUCCAGAAGCUGCAAUUGAAUCAGCUGGUCGAAUGGCAAAGGGAUGCUUAUGAAAAUGCCAAGAUAUAUAAGGAGAAAACGAAGAAAUGUCACGAUGACCGCAUCAAUGAUCGGACAUUCAUCGAAGGUCAAUAG